CGCCGUCGGUGCGUCCGGCGCCGCCGUCGGUGCGUCCGGCGCCGCCAUGCUCCGCCUGGGCCCCGCGCUCCUGGCCCGCCUGGCCCGCGCCCCGCUGCGCGCCCCGCUGCGGCCGUGCGGGGGGGCGGCGGCGGGCCAUGGCGAGGAGCAGGAGCGCUUCGUCUUCCUCGAGUACGAGCCGGACGCGGCUGAGAGGGCGGCGGCGGCGCUGCGCCGGGAGCAGGAGCUGAAGCCGAAGCCGCGCUGGGAGCGGGAGCGGAAGCCGCGGCGGGAGCGGGGCGCGGCGGCGGCAGUGCCGAGCCUGUCCGACCCGUCGUUGCCGCCGAGCGGCGUGAGCUGUUCGGGCUGCGGGGCCGAGCUGCAGUGCGGGGACGGCGGCGCGCCGGGCUUCGUGCCGGCCGAGAGGUACCGCAGCCUGCUGUCCGAGGGCCCCGCGGGGCUGCGCGGCGCCGUGUGCCAGCGGUGCUGGGCGCUGGCGCACCACGGCAGCGCCCUGCACCUGCGGCUGCCGCCCGACCAGCACCGCCGCGUGGUGAGCGCGGCCCUGCGCCGCCCGCCGCGCCACGGCCGCGGGCCGCUGCUGCUCUACGUGCUCGACGUGAUGGAGCUGCCCGACCCGGUGCUGCCGCAGCUGCCGGCGCUGCUGGGCCCCGACGUGCCCGCCGCCGGCGUGCUGGUGGUGGGCAACAAGGUGGACUUGCUGCCCGCGGACUGCCGCGGGCACCUGGGGCGGCUGCGGCAGCGGGUGGCGGCGGCCUGCGCCCGGGCCGGGCUGCGGGGAGCCGCGCUGGUGGACAUCCGCCUGGUGAGCGCCAAGACCGGCUACGGCGUGGAGGGGCUCGUCAGCCGGCUGCAGCGCUCCUGGAAGUGCGCCGGCGAUGUCUACCUGCUGGGCGCCACCAACUCCGGCAAGUCCACGCUCUUCAACACCCUGCUGCGCUCCGACUACUGCAAGUCCCGCGCCCCCGACAUCAUCGACAGGGCCACCGUGUCGCCGUGGCCAGGAACAACACUGAACCUGUUGAAAUUUCCAGUCAUUAACCCUACGUGUGACAGGAUAUUCCGAAGGCAGGAGAGGCUAAAAGAAGAGGCAACAAAAACAGAAGAUCAGCUAAGCAGCGAAGAAAAAAAGUCCCUUAAUCAACUUAAAAAGCAAGGUUAUCUAGUGGGAAGAGUUGGAAGAACAUUUCAACAGCAGAAGUCUAGUGCUGAGAUUGACUUCGACCCUGACACACUCUCUUACAGCAUGGAUGAAGAUCCUAGAGAUGCCCCUAACAAACUUGAGGAAAAGGAGGAGUUCACUCACAAUGAAGUCAAAGAUGCUCGGUGGUGUUUUGACACUCCAGGAAUUGUAAAGGAAGACUGUGUUUUGAAUCUCUUGACAGAGAAGGAAGUAAAACUGGUUUUGCCAUCCCAUGCCAUUGUUCCACGGACCUUCAUUCUAAAGCCAGGAAUGGUGUUGUUUUUAGCAGCCUUGGGACGUAUAGACUACUUAGAGGGAGAAAAGCCUGCCUGGUUUUCUGUCUUGGCUUCUAACCUGUUGCCAGUCCACAUUACUACGCUGAGUAAUGCAGACACUGUUUAUGAGAAGCACGCAGCCCAAGAGUUCCUAAAGGUCCCCAUGGGUGGGGAAGAGAGAAUGAAAGAGUUCCCUCCACUUGUCCCUCAGGACAUUACACUGAAAGGAAUUGGUACCACCGAGGCAGUUGCAGAUAUCAAGCUCUCCUCUGCAGGCUGGGUGGCAGUGACGGCUCACGCAGAAGAGGAAUUGGUGCUCCGAGCCUACACUCCCAAGGGCACUGCGUUGGUGGUGAGGGAGCCUCCCCUUCUGCCUUACAUCAGUACCAUCAGAGGGGCCAGGAUCCCAGGCACUCCUGCCUACAGGACCAAAAAGCCUCCUUCCUUUGUGGAAAACCUAAGAACCACUGGACGCAGAUAGCGCUUCUCAUCAUCCGAGCAGGGCAGAAGUCAGAACAGCCCCUGGAGAACCUUGUGACUUAUUGGUAUUCAGAAAAUGUUGGGACUCAUUUUGAAAGGCCAGCAGGCACAUUUUGGAAAGCAGGGUUGGGGGGGAGCUCCACAAGUCCACAUGUGAUCCAACUGCUGAACUGCAGAACUGCAGCCAUUUUGAAUGAACUGAAGGGCUGGGACCUUGUUGUGGGAGGAGAAACUGCUUCUCCCUGGGAUCUGCAUUGAUGAGCAGAUCCCUUUACCUGUCCUCUCUUGAAAUACAGGGUGGAAGCUCACCUGCCUGACCUGGUCUGACUUUGCUGCUCAUAGAGUGGGUGGUUUCUUGCAGGCAUGCUCCCUCAUGUCAAAAAUGAUCACCUUGUUCUUAAGGUGUUUCCAUAGUUAAGGGGGUGGAGUGAGUUGGAAAGAGCAGGGAAUGCUCCAGCGUGGGUAUGACCCUCCUAGUGGCUGAUACUGAUUCAGCAACAUUGACCAGAGGUGUCCUUUCUCUCCUUCAGCAUCUGGAGCAGAUUAGGAUGUGCAGUAUCCUGCUCUUGGACACAGGAAAAGUGAUUUAAUGAUAAGCAGGUCUGCUUGUGUGCCUGAAGAGGAAAGUUUUGCAAUGCACUGCUUUGAUUUGGUUUCUGUAGCUUGGGUACAGGUUUUUGAAACCAAGGGUACAGAAUAAAACUUCUCAAAGAUCAUCUUUUAUUGACCUCAUUGACAAAGCACUCUUUGUGUGGGUAUGAGUAUCUUGCUAAACGCAUGAAAGCUCCAAUGCAAUAAUAAAAUGUGCUCAAUCUGCCAAAGACAGACAGACUGUGAGAGACACAUGGCCAGUCAGUCUGCUGAAAAAGAGGCAAAAAAAGAGUGUCUUCUAAUCUCCUUACUGUUUCACUGAUGUUUUCCUCAACUAAAGGAUGUUUUCCUUUCCAUUUCACUGAUUGGUCCCCAGAGGCGGCUCUGCUGUCCUUGGGUCCUUGGCUGUUGUCCUGAAGAAGCCUGAGUGAUCAGCAGAAAUCAUAAGCUCAUUCAGUAUCCUCUUCUCACUGUUGCUGCCUGUGGGAUGUAUUGGCAUUCCUUUAGUGAAACCUGUCCCUUUGCCCUGCUCUUUGUUUCCCCCCAUUUUCAGCCCAGACACACCAUGUGGGUCUGUCUGCAGGCCCUGCUCAGGGAUGCUCUCAUCCCCUGUGUGAAGCUGCUGGGACUUCCUGUGGAGCCUAUUUCUGUGCUCUGCCACUCCCUUCACCUCUUCCUUGCCCUGCACUGCCACCUCCUUCCUUGCUUCCUCUGCUGGAGGCUGGUGAGUUGGGCUGGGCCAGGUGGGGCCACGGUGGCUUUGAGAAGUGCUGGGUGCCGUGGGGUUUAAAGUUCAGCACUGUCUUGGGGGAGUUCCAUGUCCUUGCUGGCAGCUACCCAGUUCAGCCUGUGUAGAAAAUCAGUUGUUCUUUAUGAAGGUCAGUCUGCUGCCAGUGAACCCAGGGAAUGUGCUUCACAUGUGUUCAGUCUGUGUCUAGACUAGAGUUCCUAUACAUUAGACUAAAUAUGUGCAGUCUCACCUUGAUUUUGCAGAAAGUCUUUUCUAGUUCUUUCUAGAAGAAAAAAACUAUGGCAGUACGUUCCUCACUGCUCAGGCUGUGACUCACAUAGCUCUCCUGUUUUCCUCUGUUUCUCUGUUGUGAAAGCCAGCACAUGUGUGGCCACUCCUAGGGUGUGCUUGGCAAGCAUCAGAGCACAGGCAGCAAGCUCCAGAAUGUGUUUUUUCCAGCGUGGGUAUAUAGGACUGUAGCUGUCUUCCUGGCUGGAUUUCUUUGUGCUCUUGGCAGGCCUCACAUUUGUCUGCCAAAAUUACUGAAGGAGUUGCCAGCAGGACUGGUGUGAGGAUUAUCUGUUUUAGCUGUGCUAAUCUUCACAAUGCUGUGAUUUUCAAUUUCCCCUUCACAAAGGGAAAAAACACAUCUUUUUAAUGUUUAAGAACAAGAUUCUAGAAGCUUUUUUUUUUUUUUUGAGAGAGAUUCAUUUUAAAACUACUUUUGUGGUGAUGGAAGAGGAAGUGCCACAUUUAUCUCAACUGUUGUAACACACACAGCAAACCAACCCCUGUACAAAUUCUGCCCAUUUUUUUUGAGCAAGCCAUUGAUUUAUCAAGUACUUUCCUUGACUUGCUCGUAGCUAAAUGGGAGAACCAUGUUGCUUUGUGUAGUUCUUCAAGAAUGGGUAUCUUGAAUAUUUUUAAGCUGGCAAGAGGCUAAACAACUUCUUUAUGUGUGUAGAAACAGCAUGAACAGCUCAUGUUGUUCAGUUCAUAAACUGUCUUAUGCAAGAAUACCGAGAAGAAUGCAAAAGAAUACUGAGACAGGAACAUCUGCAUCUUGAACAAAAUGCACCAAUCCAAACUUCUUCCUGGAUGAUUUACAUGCAUCAGAUGGUGGUGAGAGAGAAAGAGUAUCAAGAUCUGCCAGAACUGCCACCUUAAUAUAUCACAAGCCAAAAGCAGGUGAAGGUGUUGAAAGAUACCAAAGAGCCACCUAUUGCUUUUCAUCCUUGGCUGUAUGACAGAUGUGGGGAUGAUGUACAUCAUGAGAAGGGACUGGUAGACAGCACUUCCCUCUACAAGUCAGAGGUGUGAAAGGCACUGUAGCUUUUGGAGGCAAAAGCCACUAUAAUGUUCUUGUGGGGAUGAUUCUGCAAUUCUGCAGUUGCCUGAAUUCAGAGCUGUGCUUACAGGCCACAAGGGAAUCCAUCACUCCUGCCUGUCUAGCUUCCAGCUUAAAAGUAGCUUUGGUACUGAUUUCCAUAAAAACAUCCAUUGCGUAGCAUAAUGGGCUGCCGAGGUGAAUACCCCUGGCUCUGCCUUUUUGCUUUGUAAAGUUCUCCCACAAAUGGUGGCUUUAGUUCUUCCUGGAGCACUGCCUGGGGUGGUGUCACUGUUCCAAAUGUGAAACAGACUGUAAUUUGCACAGGCUGUUCCUCAAACUUUUAUAGAAGAGUAAAAGUUUGAAUUUGUUUCCAUCGCUGAAGUGUCUGGAAAAAGAAAGGUGAAAUGAUUAAGAACUUCAAACACUUAAAAAGUGAAGAAGAGGGAAAAAGCUGGAGCAAAUAGAAGAAAAAAGUAAGUAGCAGAAACUGCCUAAAAGAGGACUGCAUUUAGUCCACAGGCAGAGAGCUUUGAGCAUAUUACUCCUUUUUUUGUCCAAAGAAUAAGGAAAAUUUAGAGAAGUAUAGGAAAUUCCUUCCAAUAUGUAUUAGGAAGCAUGUCAGACAGUAUGCAUUUAGAGACAACAAGGUUUAAACUUUUUGGUGUUAGGUGCAAAUCUCACCACAGGAACAUUUCAAAACCAGGGCCUGGACUUUGGGCCCCACAGACCUUAAAACAGUCUAGAAUGGGAUACAAUUGACAAGUGUUAUGGAAACAGAGGGGAAAAAUAAAUAGCUACAGUUUGUCUUCACAAAACUGUCAGAAAUCUGUCCACAGCGAUGAAAUAUGUCUCUGUGAUGUGAUGUAUGUUCCACAACCAAAACCCAAAAGAAAAUAUACUUCAUUUGUUUUAAGGGUACACCUGAACUCAGCAAGCAGUUCUUGAGGUCAGAAGCAAUACCUUUACACAUUUUAGCAUUUGCUAAUUGAAAAUAAAAAUAUAGCUACAAAAUUAGUCCUGGUCUUUCCAUGUGCAUGGCAGAUUGUACUGCAUUUAGUCUGAAAUUAAUGAACAGGUAUAUAGUCACAUGAAUUUUGAAAUUUUAAAUUAAGCUAUCUAUAGUUAUAAAAGAGAGAGGUUUUAUUCUACACCUCUAGAACAUUUGGUGUGGCUUUGGUUUAUUUGUCUAGAAGAUGAGGAAACCACUUCUACAGUACAUUCUGUAUUUGGAAAACAAGCACAUAUAAUUUUAGAAAAACACAGUAAAGUGAGGGAGGCCUGACAUUUUUUCUAAAAGCCAAGGCAGGCAGAGUUAGAGGUUAGAAGCAGGUCCUUGAGCUUCUAAAUGUCAGAUUUGCCAAGACCUUAAUAAAACCCUGCAAAUACAAAAUAUGUUGUAAACAUUAAUGGGACAAGAAAAUAACAAUAUAUCAAAUACACAUGCAAAAGUUCUGAGAAUUUGCUGAACCUCUUGCAGUUACGACAAGCAGAGGAAAUACAGGAAAAGAGAAAAGAAGAAAAAAAAACAAAACAUAGUAUCCAACAGAGGGAGGUUAACCUCGCUCACAUGCUGUUCAUACUUUGUUACUCUGCAAGGUGAGGGGACUUGCAGGCAGAGAGCUUUGAGCAUAUUACUCCUUUUUGUCCAAAGAAUAAGGGAAAUUUAGACAAGUAUAGGAAAUUCCUUCCAAUAUGUAUUAGGAAGCAUGUCAGACAGCAUGCAUUCAUCUAAGUCUUUCAAAUUAGUGCCUUAGAGGUCAUCUUUUUCCUGAUGUGAACUACCUGGGAAAUGCAGUAAAUAUCUCUGACUAGAACCUACCAGGAAAUAAACUGACACAGGGAUUCACUGGGCAAAAUUUAAGGUUUCACUAUACUGGCAAUCCUGCAGAUUUUAAGGUUAGAGAUUUUUGGCUAAAACUGUAGUGGACAGGCAAAUGCUUUUAAAUUUGAGUGUCCAAUCUUUAUGAAUCCAGCGAGCGUUUUGGAAACAAUCAUUUGACAUCCCUGUUACAAUCUACCCACUUGUCACUGGGCUUUGGGCACUCUGGGCUCCCUCCAUGCAACUAUAGGACUUGUGGUUACAUCUGUGUAGUAGCUCCCUGGAAUUCUUCUGUGAUAAUACAUAAUUCAACCUUUUCAAAAGAGCCUGUGACCCUUUGAAAUGCUGUGGCAGUCAGUACUGCUGAGUAUGGAAGUCAUGGAAAGGCAUGAGUGUGUUUCAGGAUCACUGGCAUCCGUACAGACAAGCACCUUUGGAUGAGUGAGGGACGUGGCAGACUGCCACUUGGUUUAUUGCUGGCAGUCCUGUUUGAGAAGCAGGAACUGGCCAAUUGAGGCAGUUCACAUUAAAUUUCUUCAGGCUGCUCAGUUUAUUUAAAUGUGAUGCUGGUGGGAUACAUCCUGAGGAUGACCAACAGUGAUGUCAGAACUUCACAGUAAGGAAAGCUUCUGUGGCAAAGAAGGGAAUGAAAUGUAUGCUGUUUAUGAAAAAUUAUGCAAUUGACACAUUUAAUAUCUUACAGUAAACCAAUAGGGGCUCUUGUGGGAUGAAACCCUCAGCAAAUUAACAAUGUGUAAUGACCCUGACAAAUGAAAACCCUGAGAGCUGGGCUAAGCAUACAGAGUCAGUGAGAAAGCAGUGGAGAUACUAAUAAAUGGCAUUUAUUAGCCUAACUCCAUAAGGACGGGUGAAUUUAUUCUGCCCAUUCCUAAGCCUACAAAAAAGGGAAAACUAAAGACAAAGGGGGUCAGGAGGAGGCUGAGGGCUGUCAGUGCCUUCUGAAAGAGGGACACGUAGAGGGGCAUGCUUAAGAAAGACACCAACACUACAGUAGGCCUAGAAAUUAAAAAAAAAAAAAUCAGAAAUAAAAUUUCUGAUGUUUCCCAACAAUGCAGGCCAAAACAUGGUUCCUGUUUGAACCAUUCAGAGACUUAGGUUAAGGUUAUGAUACUUGAUUCUGAAAAGGCAGCCUUUCAGUCAAGUUUUGAUUGAGGGGACUCUAUGAAAUCACUGCAAAUUGUACUGCACUUGUCUGGUUAAUGGAGCAUGAGAGAGGUGAAGCUGAUGUUGGUCAAAGGAGCAACACACUACAAAUUAAAGGAACGGACUCAAGUGGAAAUGAACACCACUGAGAGUGAGUGCAGAACUGUUGUACUCAAAGUUAUCCCUGUGUACAGAUCAUUUCGCUGUCAAACUGAAGAUCAUUAAACAUGCCUAACUCUUAGAUAACUAAAUUGAGGUUAAAGCUGUCAUUUAUGCUAAGCAAAGAGAAAUUCUAGCAAAACAACAAACUAACAAAACCCAAGCAAGCCCUUCAUCACAUUUUGGGCAGCCUCACUGAAAUUCAAGGUCAACCAACACAACAGGAUGAAAAUAACCACAUGUAUAAAUCCUUAGAACACUACUUUAAAGGGAAAGUAUGCAUUAGGUUCAACUAGUUAUGAAAAGAACAUUUUGCUGCCUGUGACUGUAAUUUUUGAAAAUUAUGUUCUUUUCAGUGUUAACAUGUUUAUUUUGAACUACAUUAUGAACAUACAUUGGUAAAUGGAUGCUUGCACCAAUCUAUUUCCAGUCUUGGGUUAGGACUAAUGUACAUGACAAAUCUAAGUGUUAGGAAAGUGACAUCGUUCCAUUUUCUGCCAACAGGUCAGCUUUUGAAAAAGCAUAAGGAAUAAUACAUAUGCUUCUGAUAUUCAACAAUCUGUCAUAAAAGGUUUAUGUUGUUUUGAGUUCUCCUGAAAUUGCAUCACAUUAACAUCAAACCUCAAAAACAUUUGUUGUGCUGGUAAAAAGAUGAAAACCUAGAUGGAAAUGGAUAUAGGCUUAAAAGGAAGGAAAACCUUCUCUUUUAUUGUUUUUAAUCUUCUAACUUCAAUUAAAAUGAUUUCUAGGAGAGAUGCCAGACGCCGCCUGAAGGAAAUACAUUUUCUGUUGACAACAGUG